AUUUAUAUAAUUUAAAUGAUUGAAAUCAAUGUAAGUGUUGAAAUUUUUCACCAUCUUUUUUCUACUUCAGCUCAAGGUCAUUAUGCUUUCAUUGAGACAUCAAGUCCAAGACGACUUAAUGAUACUGCUAGACUUAACAGUCCAUUAAUUCCUCCACGUGCCAACGCUCAAUGCCUGAGAUUCUGGUACCACAUGUAUGGACCCGAUGUCAACACACUAAAUGUAUAUGCCAAAUUUGGGAGACAGAUUGGAACUCCAGUCUGGAGCCAUACUGGAACUAUCAACAAUCAGUGGCAUUUCCAAACUGUUGAUAUAACAAGCACACAAGGAGCUUCCUUCCAGAUAGUGUUUGAGGGAGUAAGAGGGACAAGUUACCGUGGUGAUAUAGCCAUUGAUGACAUUUCAUUCUCCACUCAACCAUGUCAACAAGCACCUGGAGCUAAGUGUGACUUUGAGCUUGGUCUAUGUGGUUACACUCAGGUUAAGACUGAUGUAUUUGAUUGGUCAAGAUCUGUCGGGGGCACCUCGUCUUCUGGAACAGGACCUCGCAAUGACCAUACAUAUGGUACCAAUAGAGGUCAUUACAUGUAUAUUGAAGCAAGUUCACCUCGUCGUAGAGGAGACGCAGCACAACUUCUCUCCCCUAGUUACUCUUUAUCUAGAGGAGGCUGUCUAAACUUCUGGUACAAUAUGAAUGGUGCAAGUAUGGGAACACUAAAUGUAAUUCUUAGACAGGGAACAAGACCACAACGAAUCUGGACCAAAACUGGAAACCAGGGAAUUGCCUGGCAACUGGCACAAGUUACAAUUCCACAAAGUUCUAACUAUACAUUAAUGUUUGAGGGCAUUGUAGGCACUGGUUACCAGAGUGAUAUGGCAAUUGAUGAUAUUUCUAUAAUAAGUGGAGGAUGUACAUUACCAGGUCAAAGUAAUUGUAACUUUGACGAUGGCACUAUGUGUACAUGGACCAAUCUAAGAACAGAUGAUUUUGAUUGGCUGAUAGGAAAUGGAGGGACGUCAAGCAAAUAUACAGGACCACAGAAUGAUCACACCCACAAUGAUAACACAGGGAAGUAUAUAUUUAUCGAGGCAAGUGCUCCUCGAGUAAAGGGAGAUACAGCACGUGUUACAACCCAGCAGUUUAAUCCAACAACUGGUAGUUGUAUGAACUUCUGGUACCACAUGUAUGGUUCUGGUAUUGGUCAGCUGUCAGUAUAUCUGACAAACCAGACAUUGUGGAGGCUUACCGGCGACAGUCAAGUAAAAGUCUGGCAAAAUGGUCAAAUUGGAAUUAAAAGUAGCAAACCGUACAGGGUUGUAAUAGAAGGUGUUAGAGGAAGCUCCUACCUUAGUGAUUUGGCAAUAGAUGAUAUCUCAUUUACAGGAUCUUCUUGUUCAAUAAGUCCAGUAGCAGCUAAUCCAAAUGGACAAACAACAGUGUCAACAACACCAGGUUCUGUUACCACAGUUACUGUUGGCUCAACACCAACUUUAACAAAAUAUGACUGUAACUUUGAGCAAGGAUUUUGUAUGUGGGCCCAAUCUCCAGAUGAUAACUUUGACUGGACAAGAACACAAGGACCAACAGGUUCCAAAUCUACUGGGCCAACAAAUGACCACACAACUGGAAAACCCAAUGGUUGGUAUAUCUUUAUUGAAACAUCUGCACCACGCAAGCCAAAUGACACCGCCAUACUUCAGAGCCCUGUCAUACGCGAGACUCAAUCCCGUUGUCUUAGCUUCUGGUACCAUAUGUACGGUACCCAUGUCAAUACACUUCUAGUCUACCUGAAACCAAGUACUGUACAAGGUCUUGGAACCAAUAUUUGGAAACAAACUGGUAACCAAGGGAACAAGUGGAUACUUGGGGAAGUUACAAUAGCACCAUCUUCACCUAGCUACAAGGUUAUAUUCCAAGCUCUACGAGGAAUCAGUUACCGUGGUGACAUUGCUCUAGAUGAUAUCAGAAUGUCUUUAGGAGCUUGCAAACAAGCAGCUAUGACUUGUGACUUUGAGCAGAGCUCAAUUUGCAACUACGUACAGGACCAAUCUGACACACCCAACUUUGACUGGACUUGGAAAUCUGGUGGUACUGGCUCAGCCAGUACAGGACCACCUUCUGAUCACACUACCGGAACCCGAACUGGAUAUAGUUCUGCCCCUGUGUGUGUCAAGUUUUGGACACAUAUGUUUGGAGUUGAUGUCAACACACUGAAUGUAUAUCUUGUUAACAGUCAACAGCCCUCUAAGAGAAACCUAAUAUGGACACGUUCACUAAACCAGGGUAAUGCAUGGAGACAAGCAGCAGUCACUGCUAACCCUAGUGGUCAAUACAAGAUCUAGCAUUGAUCAAAAUUG